AUGGGUUGCGGUGCAUCAGCAGGAUCAACGACUAAUUCUCUCAGCAAUCAUCCAAAUCCUACUACUACAGCAGCAGUAACGCCAUCAACAUCGUCAUCUACUGUAUUAAAUCAACAAUCGGAUUUAAAUCGUAUUCCGAAACUGGGUCAGCCAAUUGUUACAAAUGAAAUUAUUGAAAAUUUUCUUUUGAUUUGGCUGGACGCAAAAAUCGAUGAGUCCAAGGAAGAUUAUCAGAAUUCAAUCAAGCAGCUGCGACGCACCGUCAAUACUGUCAAAACAUUUCAAGAUACCGAAGAAUGUAUUGAUUAUAUUCGAAAACUUCAAGACAAAAAAGCAUUUCUUAUUAUUUCCGGUGCUUUAUGUCAAACAGUUGUGCCACGUAUUCAUAACAUGGAUCAAAUUCACUCAAUUUAUGUCUUUUGUCAAAAACAAGAAAAAUAUGAAGAAUGGGCAAAAGAUUGGUCCAAAAUAAAAGGAGUUUACACUAAAAUUAUUCCAAUUUGUGACUCAGCUCAACAAUCGGCUCGACAAUGUGACGAAGAUUCAGUUGUAAUUACUGGAAUAUCGUCGUUGGAUCAAAUUGAACCGUCAUUUAUGUAUACACAACUUUUCAAAGAAAUUAUUCUUGAAAUUGAUUUCGAUGAAAAAAAAGAAAUCAACGAUCUAGCCGAGUAUGCCCGGGAGAAAUAUGCAGGUAACGAUAAACAAUUGGAAAUUAUCAAUGAAUUCGCUCAAGAAUAUCAAGGUAAUCAGGCCUCGUAG